GCGGUAAACAAGUGUACGGAUUUCUAUGACGAGGCAUUGUAUAACCCUCAAGGAUAGGACGGCGGGUCCCCGAACACCCGCGUCUUCGACCCUCCAUAUAUCCAAAGAUCCAGCCGUUCAGAGACGUUGAACAGAAAGCGAUCCAUGCCGGUGAAGCUCCUCCCAGUUCCAGACAUUUCCAACUGGUCGGCUAAUGACAAGCCGUGCGCGACCACUGGCCUUUCUCCGCUUUCCACUGCCUUUUUCCAAUCCGCCUGCCACUUCUCCGCCUUCAUUUUCCCCUGCAGCUCAAGUACCAACGCUUCAUCCUCCGAGGAGGGAGUGUCCACCGCCGACGGGUGGUAACUCCAUUCUGUAUCUGCCUGCGUCGAAGUGGAAGAGAACACUUCCCAAGCAUCCAAGUCCAAGAGCCCGGACGACAGCAGCGACCCACGCAUCCCUUCUCCAACGGAGCGCUGGCGCCAGGGAGGGAAAUUCCUGAUUUCAUAUCCCUAAUUAGCAGCCAUCCACACACACACACACAC